AUGGCAACUAGUGUGCUCGCGAUGCAAAGAUACGAUUGGUCGUCCGCGAUAAAACUAAACCUCUUGUCGCUACGCUUUAUAGGUUUGUGGCCUGCAGGCGACGGAACUUACAAGUUGAAUUUAUACUCACUCUACGCAUUUAUCUCGAUAAUUUUUAUUCUGGGUGGUCACGUGCUCUUUCAAACAGUGACGCUUUUUUUCGUUUACGAUAAACUCGAAACGGUUGCAUCGAACAUUUUUAUCACAAUGACGGAUAUUCUCAUCUAUGUGAAGAUGUAUCACAUUGUAAGAAACGUGAAGACGUUGAACAAACUGCUAGAUUCUUUAAACGAAGACGUGUUUCAACCGAAAGACGAAAGACAGAUUAAGAUCGCCGAACAAUCUAUAAAUAUCUGGAGCUAUGUUUACAAGUGGUUCAGGUUUUUCGUUUAUGUAAUUGCAACUAUGUGGUCGACAUUACCGUUUUUGACUGGAAAUUUUAAGAAAAAAGUCUUGCCUCAUGAUGUAUGGUUUCCUUACGAUUAUAAAGUGUCACCAAUGUACGAGCUAACGUAUCUGUUUGAAAUGUUUGGAAUUUAUUUUAUGUCGAUACUUAACGUUAAUUUCGACACUCUAAUUUGUGCUUUACUGACGUAUAUAACGGCCCAGUGUGAUCUUGUGUGCGACAAUGUGAAAAAUGUUGUUGGUGGUCAUGUUUCAAAACAGCCUCACCAGGUUCAUCAGAAAAUCGUGAAUUGUAUAAAACAUCACAAAAAAUUAUUAAGUUUGGCUGAAACGGUUAACCACUUGUUCGAGGUAGUCAUUUUUGGACAGUUUAUAACGAGUACGGUUGUUAUUGCAACAACUUUGUUUAUGUUAACGUUGACCGAUCCGCUAAGUUUAGACAACGAAGGAUUUCUUAUAGCUUUAUACGCAGGAGCUGUUGCUACUGAAAUUUUUACUUAUUGCUGGUUUGGAAACGAGGUUGAAAUUAAGGUGAGAAUCGAGUAG